GCUUAGGGUUUUCAGGAAACAUGGAAGCGGUGGCGAUAGUUGGAGCCUAAGUACUCUGAUGGUCUCUCAGUGCCCUGUGAGAGGAAAGGGGAGGAUGCCACUGGAAUCAUCAUCUUCGAUGCAGCUAUCCUUCCCUUCUCUCUUACCCUCAGUGCCAGGCAAUUCUACUAACUCUUUCUUUCCCCCAAUGUCUUACAUCACGUCCCAGAAAAUGAAGUGUAUUCUUCACUGGUUUGCUAGUUGGUCAGGUCCCCAGCGUGAACGUUUCCUACAAGACCUGGUAACUAAAGCAGUGCCAGGAAAAUUACAGCCAUUGCUAGAAGGUCUGGAGCAGCUUAGUGUGUCUGGAGCCAACCGACCACCUUGUAUCUUUGAGUGCCAACUACGUCUUUGGGAUCAGUGGUUUUGAGGUUGGGCUGAGGAGGAGCGCAAUGAAUUUGUCAGGCAGCUGGAGGUCAGUGAGCCAGACUUCGUGGCAAAGUUUUACCAAGCAGUGGCUGCUACAGCUGGUAAAGACUGAUAGGCAUUAAAGUCAAAGAAGACAACCAUAGUUGAUGGAGCCGAAGCCACAACUCUACAGUGAGAACUUCAGAUGUGCCACUUAAAGGUCUGGGGAUGGUAUCCUGAUUCACUGACUGAGCUUGCUGACUAGUACGGGCCUGGUUAUUUCAAUGUUGACAGCACAUCCGCUGGACUAGUGUAAAUGUUUUCCAUUUAAGCAAAUCCAGAGUAGCAGUCUGCCUCUAGCUUACUUUUUUCC